AUGAGAUUCCUGAGCGCGGCGCUGUGUGUGGCUGUGUGUCACAGCGUUCUGUCUGUGUCUCUGGACAAAGGGUCGCUUCAUGACACCAAGCUCCAGGAGAGAGAUCAGAGAGAGUUUGAGGCUGUUCAGAAAGAGAACGCAGGACACCAGGAAGAGUUGGAGCAGUUUGAAGCAGCUCAGAAAGAAGAUGUGAUCGUUGUCAGCGUGACGGUGACUGAGGAUGACGAUGAUGAUGAAGAUGAUAAUGAAGAUGGCCGCCACGUGGAGGCGCAGAGAGACAGCUGCGAAGUGAUGCAGACUGUGACAGAAGCUGCCAGGCAUUCUGAGGAGGCGUCUGACUGGUCUCAGGAGGAGGUCAGGGUUCAGCCGAUGGAAGACAGUGACUGA